GUUAAAAGCGAAGAAGUGGUCGAAGCGUACAUCGAGCGGUGUAAGCAGGUGAAUCCGUUGAUUAAUGCCAUUGUACAGGAUCGCUUUGAAGAGGCGCUGGAAGAGGCGCGCGAAACUGAUCGCAUUAUCGCCUCUGGCAUCAACACCAUCGAGGAGAUGGAGGACAAUACGCCACUAUUGGGCAUUCCAGUGACAGUUAAAGAGAGCAUUGCUGUGAAAGGUUUAACCAAUCAGGCGGGACGUGUCUUCAAGACGCCACAAAUUGCCAAAUCCGAUGCACCGGUGGUGGAACAGAUCAAACGUUGUGGUGGCAUAGUAUUGCUAGUAUCUAAUACACCAGAACUUUGCUUACUCUGGGAGACCUACAACAAUGUAACUGGCCAGACAAAGAAUCCCUACGAUUUAAAGCGCACGCCAGGUGGUUCUUCGGGUGGUGAAGCCGCUUUAUUGGCCAGCGGUGCUUCGUUGUUGGGUCUCACCUCCGACAUCGGUGGAUCCUCACGACUGCCAGCCAUGUUCAGCGGCAUAUGGGGUCACAAACCAACCCCCUACUCGGUCUCGUUCAAAGGCCACCAUCCGACCAGUGAUUAUCCCAAGUGGGGAGACUUCUUCACCAUUGCGCCGAUGACACGUUACGCCAAGGAUUUGCCGUUGCUACUGAAAUGUAUGUUGGACCCAACCGGUCCCAAGCUAACACUCGAACGGGAGUUGAGCAUACAGAGCAUACGUUUCUUCUUCAUGGACAACGAUGGUCCGUCGGGCAUGAUGCGGCCGCUGAGUCGCGAUCUACAUGCCGCCAUCAAUCGCGUGGCCACCGAUUUCAAUGCAAAGCGCGUAAAUAUACGAAAAAUGAAACUUUCACUCGACAUUUCACUCUCCGCAAUGUUGACCAUGAAGAACAUCGAGACCAUCUACUACAAAACUGAGGAAGGCGAACGCCCGAAAACCGUUUGCACAGAGACCGUUAAAUAUUUCUUCGGUUGCUCGGAUAGCAUCCUGCCGUCGGUGAUAUUCGGACAUCUGCAGAAUUUCAUGAAAAUCAUACCGAAUUCACGCCACAAGCACUUGGCCACAAUCAUUGAAGCGCUCAAGACUGAAUUCAAAGAGCUGCUCGGCAACGAUGGCGUCUUUAUCUAUCCAACAUUCCCGAAUACGGCGCAUCGGCACUAUCAAAUCUAUCACAAGCUAUUGGAGCCCAUGUAUAUGGCGAUAUUCAAUACGCUCGGACUGCCGGUCACCAAUUGUAUGAUCGGUUUGGAUAGACGCAAUCUGCCAAUGGGCAUACAGGUGGUCGCGAAUCCAGGACAAGAUCAUCUCUGCCUAGCAGUGGCGCGUGAAAUGGAGCGGCGCUAUGGUGGUUGGGUACGGCCGCCGUCAGAGGACGCAACGAAACGCAUAUGAAUGAUUAGCAGAGAACGGAAGAAUGUGAGCUUGAGCGUAUGAAUGUUGCGAAGCACUGGAGUCCCAACGGAACUGUGUCUGGAGUGUGUAAAAAUUUUGUUAGCAGAUUUGAAGCAAUAAUGAGCAGAGCAGCCUUUAAGUAUGAAUUAUGUACAAUACAUAUUUAGGUGCAUAAAGUAUUUGCUAUAAAAAAAUAAGGAUUUUUUUACAAAUCUGCAUGGAGCUUAGCAUACACUUAGGCGUCCAGUUUUUAAGCUUUAAAAAGCGACUGAUGUUUCGAAAUAUAUAUGUAACAGUAGUUUUACUAUGUAUGUGCUUAUCUUAGAAUUAAUCUACUUACUUAGUAACUUGAGAACAUCACCAGUGUGUACAUUAGGGCAAUCCAAAAAUAAACAGGAAAAUCAUUAUUGAAAUUUUUCCGCUGCCAGCCCCAGAAAUGAAAAAUAUCGAAAAUAAUCGGACCCAUUUUUCUUUACAGCGGUGCCGACGGGUCUUUGAUAUUUUACAUAUCUACAUACAUGUAUUUUACAUGGGAAAAAUAUAUUUUUUCGUAGCUAAACUAUAAAGUCCUCAAAA